CCGCUGGCGCCGCCAUCUUGCGCGUCGGGCAGGCGGGCGGCGGGCGGCGGGUGCACGGGGAGUGCGUCCAGCCCGGCAGGCGCCGCCCGCAGCGCCGCGCGGGACAGGUCCCGUGGCAGCAGUUUUGGGGGCAUCUAGGUGCGUGGCAACGCCCCACUCUCCCCGGGGCCCGGCGAGCUCAGAGGCACUGCACCUGUUUUGGAGGACAUGGAGUACGAGAGAAGAGGUGGGCGUGGUGACCGGACAGGGCGCUACGGCACAGCAGAGCGACCCCUGGACGAAGGUGGCAGCGAGGGGCGCAGCCAGCGGGAUCACGAUUAUCGGGACAUGGACUACCGCUCCUAUCCCCGGGAUUUUGGGGGACCCGAGCCCCCCACAGACUAUGACGACUCUUCGGGGGAGCACAGUGCAGAGGACUCCUAUGAGGCAUCAUCAGGUUCAGAGCCACCGCGGAAGCGGGACAGCCCAAGUGAGGUGCUGGGCUUUCCUGGAGACGGUGACUACCGGGAUCAGGACUACCGGCCUGAGCCUGAGGAGGAUGAGCAGAAAGCCAGCAGCAUUAUUAUGCUGCGCAUGCUGCCCCAGGCUGCCACAGAGAAUGAUAUCCGGGCCCAGUUGCAGUCACAUGGGAUCCAGCCCCGCGAGGUCCGGCUGAUGCGCAACAAAACUUCAGGUCAGAGCCGCGGCUUCGCCUUCGUCGAGUUUAAUCACUUGCAGGACGCUACCCGAUGGAUGGAAGCCAAUCAGCGUACCCUCACCAUCCUGGGCCACAAGGUUUCCAUGCACUACAGUGACCCCAAGCCCAAGAUAAAUGAGGACUGGCUUUGCAGCAAGUGCGGCGUCCAGAACUUCAAGCGUCGGGAGAAGUGCUUCAAAUGCGGUGUGCCUAAGGCUGAGGCGGAACAGAAGCUGCCCCCUGGGGGCCGGCUGGAGGUGCUGGCACUGGGGGGCCGGGAGCUUAGCCAGGGGGGGCUCCUGCCCUUGCCCCAGCCCUACCCAGCUGUGCUGGCCCAGCCCCUGGCACCACCUGAGCCCAGUGCUGACAAUGCCAAUGACACCAUCAUCCUGCGCAACCUGGCACCGCAGUCCACACUGGAGUCCAUCCUGGCAGCGUUGGCUCCCUACGCAGUGCUAGCUGCUUCCAAUGUGCGUGUUAUCAAGGACAAGCAGACGCAGCUCAAUCGCGGCUUCGCCUUUGUGCAGCUUGCCACCAUUGUGGAGGCAGCCCAGCUGCUGCAGAUCCUGCAGGCCCUACACCCCCCACUGCACAUCGACGGCAAGACCAUCAACGUGGAGUUUGCCAAGGGUUCGAAGCGUGACAUGGGUUCAUCAGAUGGGAACCGCAUCAGCGCUGCCUCAGUGGCCAGCACUGCCAUUGCUGCUGCCCAAUGGGCCAUCUCCCAGGCGUCGCAGGGUGGGGAAGGGGCAUGGGCUGCUGCUGAGGAGCCGGCUGUGGACUACGGUUACUACCAGCAGGAUGAGGCCUACACAGCACCCGGGGCUGAGGCUGCGCUCUACCCCCACACCUACCUGAAAGGUGCCCCAGCCCCGCCGGCACCUGGCCCUGCCCAUGCCCCCACCCCGAAGGGUGAGGCCACACCUGCAGGGGCAGAAACAUCGCUGGAGCCAGGAGUGCCUGGUGUAGAGCCUCUGCCUGCUCUGCAGACCUAUACCCGGCCUGGCCAACCCCCAGCCCUGCCUGGCUUGUACCCGCAGCCCCCUGAGGCCCCUGGUGCCACUGCUGCUGCCACCCAGGCCCAGCCCUACACUAUUGUCUCCCCGGCAGUGCUGAAGCCUGAGGUUGCAGCCCCUGCCCAGCCAGCCCCUGCCUCCGCCCCUAGCACCCUGCCUAGUGGCCCCGACCCCUACGGCCAGUACCCCAUCCCUGAUGUCUCCACCUACCAGUACGAUGAGACCUCGGGCUAUUACUACGACCCCCUCACUGGUCUCUACUAUGACCCCAACUCCCAGUACUACUACAACCCUGGCACACAGCAGUACCUAUACUGGGAUGGGGAGCGCCGUACCUAUGUACCUGCCUCUGAGCCUGGCACCGAUGCCCACAAGGAUGGGGCAGGUGCAGGAGGCACCAAAGAGGGCAAAGAGAAGAAAGAGAAGCACAAAACGAAGACAGCCCAGCAGAUUGCCAAGGACAUGGAACGCUGGGCACGCAGCCUCAAUAAGCAGAAGGAAAACUUCAAAAACAGCUUCCAGCCCGUCAGUGCCCUGCGUGAGGACGAGCGGCGCGAGUCAGCCACUGCCGAUGCCGGCUACGCCAUCCUCGAGAAAAAGGGGGCACUGGCUGAGAGGCAGCACAUGGCUAUGGACCUGCCCAAGCUGUCUGCUGAAGACCGGCUGAGCCCACCCCGGGGGCUGGUGGCCGCAUACAGUGGGGAGAGCGACAGUGAGGAGGAGCCAGAGCGGGCAGUGGAGCGCGAGGAGAAGCUGACAGACUGGCAUAAACUGGCCUGCCUGCUCUGCCGCCGCCAGUUCCCCAGCAAGGAGGCACUCAUCCGGCACCAGCAGCUCUCAGGCCUGCACAAGCAAAAUUUGGAGAUCCAUCGCCGGGCCCAUCUGUCUGAGUCAGAGCUGGAGGCACUGGAGAAGACAGACAUGGAGCAGAUGAAGUACCGUGACCGGGCAGCUGAGCGGAGGGAGAAGUAUGGGGUCCCUGAACCCCCGGAGCCCAAGAAGAGGAAGUAUGGGGGCAUUGCCCCGGCCACUGUGGAUUUUGAGCAGCCGACACGGGAUGGCCUGGGUAGUGACAACAUUGGCAGCCGCAUGCUGCAGGCCAUGGGCUGGCGUGAGGGCAGUGGUCUGGGCCGCAAGAAACAGGGCAUCAUUGCCCCCAUUGAGGCACAGACACGGGUGCGGGGCUCAGGCCUGGGUGCCCGCGGCAGUUCAUAUGGGGCAACAGCAGCCGAGUCGUACCGUGAGUCCUUGCACAAGGCCAUGCUGACCCGCUUCCAUGAGGCCGAGUGACACCGUACCCCCCUUCCCCUGCUCCCUACAAUGUUCUUUUUUAUAAUUAAAACAGGAAAAAUGA